AUGGCAUCACCACAGGAGAAUAACUGUUCAGUAUGUUUAAGUUCAAUGACAAAAGGUGAAGAGCUGUAUGAAUCAAAGUGCGGUCAUCAAUUUCAUUUGGAAUGUAUAAUGAAAAACCCGAAUGACCUUUGCCCUUUAUGUCGAACGGUAAUGGGUGGAUUACUGAAAGCUGUAACAAUGAACACACAAGCACGCCCAAUGGAACAACUUUCUUGUGAAAGCACAUUUUUUUUAUCAAAAGGUCAGUGGGAUCAAAGAUUAAUUAGAAUUAUGAACUAUGAUCAUUACCAAAAUAUGACAAGUGAUCAAAGAGAUCGAUCUCAUGCUAAUGAUGGAAAUAAUUCUAAUUCGAUUCGUAUUUCAAUACAUGCAUUAGAUUAUGCAAGUGAAUACCGUUAUACUCCUUUUAAAAUUGAAUGGCAUUCAAAACUAACUGACAAGAAGCAAGGUCAAAAAUUAGUUACAGAAUUAUUGAAAUUUAUUAAAGAUGAUUUUGCUGAUCUUGACGGGCAGGAACCUUUCGUUACCGAGUGCAGUUUAACGUACGAAUUCCAUGGAGAACUCCGAGACGUCUCGGGGACAGAAUUGAUCGAAAAACACGAUUCAGGUGCUCAAUCGACUGAUGUCAUAUAUGACAGGGCAUAG